CUCAUCUUCACUCUUUCAACCGAACCAGCUUCAUCCCGGCCUGAGGGCCACUUCAACGCCAAAAUGGACUCCUCCAGCGCGCCUACAUUGCUCCAACAAGCAGAUAAAAUCCUGCUCCACCCCAUUCACCCGCACCUAAUGGCCUACUGCCCGACCAUGGACCUGAUCGCUGUGGUGACCACUGAGGAGAAUCUGGACGUGUACCGCCUCAACGGGCAGCGAGCAUUUGGUCUGAAGCGCAAGAAUGAGGAUGUGGCCGUGGACACGAUUCAAUGGGAGUUCAAUGGCAAGAGUAUUGCGGUCAGCUGGAGCGACGGCAAGACGGACCUCGUCAGCGCUGAGACGGGGAAGAUAGGGUUGAAGGAUCUGGAGCUGCCGAAAGAUGCGUCAAGAGGAGGAGAGGAGGGGAGAGUGAAGUGUAUCGGGUGGGGGUUAAACUUCAUUGAUGUCGAGGCGGUCCAGAGCAGGACGAGGAAAGCUACGCGAGGGUUUGACCUUACGACGGAAGAGUGGGAUGAGGCGAAGGAUGGCGCGGACGUUGAAGAUUUCCUGCAGAGACAGCCUGAUUUGCAUGCGCUGGAUUGUGCGCCUGAUCUGCCGGAUCAGCUGGCCGUUAUGGACGUCGAGACGCUGUUACCGAAGCUGCCUGCAAUUCCGCUGCCACCCGCGCUGCCAUUCAUGAGGGUGAGCCAGGCAGAUGCGGGCGCGUUUAGUUCGCAGGCUGAGGUCGACGCCUCGCUGCAUUCGCAUCACUUGAAGGACCACAACUCGGUAGACAUGUUCAUCCGGUGCUCGGAACGCGGAACGGUACAUCUUUCCAUCUACAAUUUCUUGGAGACAGUCACGGUCAGACUACCGCCAGCCUGGAACAUCGACAGCACUCCAUUGCUGCACACAAGUCAUCCGUAUGGCUGCAGCCACGGCCUUCUCAUGCGGACCACCUCCUCAUAUACGAAGACGAGGAACAUUACCUUCGUUCCCCUCACACUAAAUUUCAUCCCUAGCGCAGGCAUAUACCUCCACCUCAUCGCCUCCAAAACUUCGCAGCUGCAAAAUCUUCUCCUCUACAUAACACAAUGCCUCCAGCGCAUCCGCACAUUCUUCAAACAAGCCACCGACCUCCCCUCGAAGUUCAUGAUGAACAUCACCGAAACGCUUGAAGAAAAGAGCCAAGGUGAUCUUACGACAAACCUCUUCCACCUGGCCUGCACCGGCGCCUGUCCACCUCUCAUUCGCGAAUGGCUUAUCGACGAGCUCACCGAACAGGGACAUAAGCGCUGGGACAACACGGUAACAACCUCGCUCACGAUAUUACAGGCGAUGGUGCACGAGAAUCUGAUCCCGGCGCUCGACCGCACAGCCACGGUUAUAUCGCGCCUCCGUGGGCUGGCGAUGUACCACGACUCGGACUGGAUCUUCAGCGGCCCCGCGAGCCAGUUUGCAGCGCUUCUCGACGUGCUCAGGAACAUGCGACUCCUAGCUCACACAGUGUUAUCGUAUGUCGCAGACGAGAGAAGGCAGUUUGACGCUUUCAGCAGGUGGCUACGCUUCGUCAUCGACUUCGAAGCCACCGAGCCCGACAGCCAGGGUCGUGCUGAGAUGGAGGGGCGAGAUUCGGGUGUGGAUAUCGGGUUGGUGCUUGAGUAUGUUCGACACGGCUUGCAGCAGAGCAGUCUCAAGCCGUUUCUGAUGCCUGAGAUUAUGCUGGAAGCAGAAGACAAGCGGAAAGAGGGCGCAAGCUAUGAAGAUACAAAGAGAGCGAUUGGCGUGUGUGAGGAAGGACAGAACUGGAGACCUGACGCACUGUGUCUGGAGCAUGUCCUGGGGCAUUUGGCAAAAGGCACGACAGGCUUGCUGCGGCAGGUCAGCAAGUGGCAGGAGAGCGGGAUGCAGAUGAACAGCGGCAUCGCUCUCUCUCCCUCUUCCCCCGAAGGGAAUGACACCGUAGACAUGCGGAUUGUCUACGAGGUUCGUCUCACGCCAACAUUCUCUUCGAGCCCACGACACGACUAACAGAACGCAGCGCCCCACAUCCUCGCCCCCAACACCCACGCUAUCAACAUACAUCGCCGUCUCUGGCCCGGCCUCACAAACACUGACCAU